AUGUACGCGGACGUUUACUGUGCAUCAAAUGCAACCUUAGACCAAACGCUAUGUGUACUACAUCGUUCUGAACCUAUCGGCUUCAUUCUUUCUACGAUAUACGGAGUUUACUUUGUCAGACAGAUGAGUCGUAUCUCGGUGAUCCACAUAAACCUUCGUAUCAUACUGGUAUGUUAUCCAAACGAGUGAUUAUACACAUGUUUAGUGUACGAUACCCUUCCAAUACAGUACGUUGUGUGGCACCAGAGUCUUGUAUCGGUUCUGUGUUGAGAAUGAGCUGUUUUCUGCGAGGUAUAUGCUAGUGGUAAGAGCAGUAAUAGACUUUUUUCAUCGUAUCGCUUUGAAUACUUGCUGCUUGUGUAUCUUCACGAUAGGAAUCGAACGGACAUUUGCCGUAGUAUUUAGGUCAAAUUAUGAAAAAAGAAACUCAAAGAUUGGGCUUCGUAUGCUUAUCAUCGUGGUAUGUUAUUAACUUUGUCAUAAGGUGAACCAAAAUGUAAUAACCAAACAUUUUUUAUUAUUUAUAAUACCAGCCUUGAGACUAUACUUAUUAAGUUUUUAUAUGAUAGUCAAGGUAUAUGUUAGUGUUUAUGACUACUGUAGUUUUUAGAUGAUAAUUGGGACGCUAAAUAGUAUAGUGAAUGGUCUGAAAGAUACGUUAGACUUAUUUGUUACUGGCGACGACUACGAUUUACCGUACUUUGAUAGACAUCCAUUUAUAUACUUUCUCUUUAUCAGCUCAGCAACAUGUUUUUGUAUUAUUGGAAGCUCGGUAAGUCUUAUAUACGGCUGAAAAUAAAAAGUUGCAAAGUUUGUAUACAAAAUGCUAUUUCAUAUAACAUAUUUGUUACUUGUUUUUUAACUUUUAAGAUUGGACAAUUAAUAUAUACAGUUGGUAAUUAACAAGAAUAAAACCAAUAUUUUAGCUGACAUACCUCUUAUGGAAGGUUGUCAGAGCCAUAUCAAAGAAGGAAGACAAGGUAGACUUAUCUACACGCUUCCAAAGUAUGGAGAACACAGAUACCGUCCAGACACUAUUCCCUACCAUCUGUGGUUACUCUUUCUUCGUUACCUUAUGCGAAAUCUUUUCAUCGUAUGUUAUGUAUGAAAAAGAAGAAACCUGCCAGGUUGGAAGUUCAUGUUCACAGUUUUAUGUGCAGGUAAUGGUUAUACAUAGUCAUUAACAGCAUAUGUUAAACCUCCUCCUCCAAUAGAUACUCAUUACGUAAUAUGGUAAUUUCAGAUGGUGUACAUUUCAAUCAACUUGUACCACUACUUCUUCUUAUUAUACCUGUCGAUUAAAUUCAAAAAACUGAACAAACUUAUUGUACAUGACAUCAAGAAGCUACUAGGUAUCAAAGAAAACAACCUCGACCACUACAGACGAACAUUGGACCGUCAUUCUCCUGUAGAUGAAGGUCUGACAUACUUCCAACAACUAAAAGACGAGUGGGAAUUGGCGGAAAAACGACAGAAAUAG